CUCUCUGACCCGUCUGAUUGGGAGGAACUGCGCUUCCUGCCAAGGGAGUCUGAGCCGCGGUGCAUGCUGGGACGCUGGACGCAACGCAGAGGUCGUGUAUUUCUUUAUCUCAGCACCGGAGGGCGCCCCUAGGAAUGUAGUAAGAAGAAGAAGACAGAGGAGAAUGGAGAAAUCCUUGAUGCCAUGGCUCUGGCAGACGGAGAGGAGAAAAGUGAGUUCCACCAGCUGGCCGAGGCUAAAAUCUUCCUGAGUGACUGCCUGGCAUGUGGCAACUGUGUGACAUCAGAGGAGGGGGCUAAAAUCUUUGCUCAGAACCAGAAAGAACUUUUUAAAGUCCUGAACCGUAACAAGAAAUGCGACUCAUCGCUGCACAAGUUGGUGGUGGCGUCCAUCAGUCCGCAGUCGGUACCUUAUUUUGCGGUGAAGUUUCAUCUGUCUGUCUGCGAGGCGUCCAAGAAACUUUGUGGUUUUCUGAAGAGCCUCGGAGUGCACCAUGUGUUGGACACAACCAUCGCCGCCGACUUCAGUAUCUUGGAGACUCAGAAAGACUUCAUCCAGAGGUUUAGAAGGCAAACCCAGGACGAGCAUGCCUUCCCCAUGUUUGCUUCAGCUUGCCCAGGGUGGGUACAGUAUGCAGAAAGAGUUCUGGGGGACUCCGUAACACCUCACAUCUGCACCGCCAAAUCCCCACAGCAGAUCAUGGGAUCACUUGUGAAGGGAUAUUUUGCCUCCAGCAAGAAUGUCUCUCCUGACAAAAUCUUCCACUUGAUGGUGGCUCCUUGUUAUGACCGAAAGUUGGAGGCCCUACGGGAAGAUUACUAUACAGAGCUGUAUAACUGUCGGGAUGUUGACUGCGUUCUGACCUCAGGGGAGGUGAUGCAAAUCAUGGAACAGCAGAAUAUUUCUGUCAAAGAGGUGGUGGAAUUCCCACUAGAAAAUUUGUUUGGGGAAACAAGCUGUGUAUUUGUACGCCAUGAAGGCACUAGUUCUGAUGGGUAUUUGGCACACGUCUUCCGGCAUGCGGCAAAGGAGCUGUUUGACAUGGAUGUGCAAGAGAUCACCUACAAGGCACUAAAGAACAAAGACUUUCUAGAGGUGUCCUUAGAGAAGGACGGUGAGACUGUUCUGCGUUUUGCUGCUGCAUACGGCUUCCGGAACAUCCAGAAUAUGGUACUUAAACUUCGCAAGGGGAAAUUCCAUUAUCACUUUGUUGAAGUGUUGGCCUGCCCGGGAGGAUGCCUGAAUGGGAAGGGACAAGCACAGACGAUGGAUGGAAAGGUAGAGCGGGCAUUACUGCACGAGAUGGAGGAAGUGUAUACACGUGUCCCAAUCCAGAACCCAGAGUCCAACCCGCACAUACAAGCUUUAUAUGAGGACUGGCUACAGGGAGCUGAAUCCCAGAAAACCAAGCAGACCCUGCAUACCAAAAUAGUAGCCAGUGCCCAGAGUGCAGCCCGAUUGGAUAUGAAAUGGUGAUGGUACCUGGGUUCUGGUGCUUGCCCCAGGCUGUUACUGUUUUCUAUGCAACGGUAAAGUGACUUGUGACUUGACAACUGCCUCCUAGAGGUCGAUGGGAGCCACUUCAUGUCCUCUUCUGCUGCCUUGUAUUACUCCUGUGGAUCUCUAGCCGGUAGCCUUGAAUCACUAUGGAUUCCUUUCCAGCCAAGAGAAAUGCAUUAUGGGAACCAUGUUGUUGUCCUUUCUGUUUUGUAAUAACUGUCCUGCGCAUGGUGGGGUCUGGAUCAAACCAAAAGCUGGAUUUAUCCAUAACCCAGAGAGCUACUUGUCUGUUGUAGAUAUUAAGUACAUGAAAUCUAUUGGACUGACUAUAGUCCUGGAUAAGCAAGGUUAGAGAAACCGCACACCUUACAUACCCAGAAGUCUUAUCUUGGUGCUCAGUGAUAGAAGAAUCGGCCACCUCACAUCCAAGGUAUGAAGAAUUUCACCGUUACACAAGAAUUGCGUUAGCACGGCAAGCCCUUGCAAUCUGUUAAUGCAGUAGUGAAUUAACCAAUUAAUGCAGUAGUGCAUUAACCAAUCGCAAAGCUUGCCCUGCUAACACAAUUCUUGUGUGCUGGUGAAUUUCUUCAUAUAGUCCUGGAUAAGCCUGAUGUUAAUAGAGUUAAAGGUACAACAACGCUAAUACAUGCUUUGGGCAAAAGAACACGUUAAAAGCUUUACCCGCUAUCCUACUGCAGGUCGUGGCCCAGGGUAUGAUGGCAUCAUGUGAUUUUGUUUUUUCUUGCCCAUUAGAAUGGGGGACCCCCUCUGAUUUCAUUUACUUUUUGCCAGACUUUAUUUGAACAGGAAGUUAAUAGUACAGCGGAAAUUUCCCCUGGUGCCACAUGCAAAAAAUUUCUGGGUCCUUUACACAUAAACCUGUCAGUUUCUGGAAACUAUUUUGCCCUCUGAAAGAGCUUUGCGCAGCCAAUCAGAACAUUGAAAGGAGUUGCAGGUUUGUGCCUGUACAACCAGCUGCUGCAGUUGCAGCUUUGGGAUUCUGUAAUGGCAAACUGCAGUAUGUGUUGCAGCUACUGCUUCCUGCCACUAUCACUGCUUGCCUGGCCAAUCAGAAUGUUCAGUGAAAUGCUGUUUCAGUCUAAACUGACUUUGCUGUGCGGUGGCAAUGCAGCUGGCCUGUUUGGAGUGGAAGGUUGGUGCUACACAGUGCUACUGCUCCCUGCGAUAAGCUAAAGCCCAUGUAGUGACCUCUACCAAACCCAUUAGAUACCAAUGGUGGGUAUAAAUACAUGGCAUUGAUACUAACAAUGGUGACGUUUUAUAACGCAACUAGAAAUCCGCCAGUACUGAGUUAGUUCCUAUAUAAAGGUGAUCGCUUUGCCACCUUUUGGGUUAAAAAUGUUUUUUUUAUUAGUCUGGGUGCUGAAAAUCUUUUUGCUGCUUUAAAUAAUCCUAAUUCAGUGAUUGGGCAAAUGUCUCUUUUCUGAGAGAAUUGAUGCAGGUACAUAAACAUUAAGAUGAUUUUAAGGCAAAGAGAAUUAAAAAAAGGUGGCACUGUGAUAAUCCCUGCCAGGCAAAGAGGCACGGUAUUAUUUUCUGUUUUUUACAUCAAAAUAUUCGUGCUUCAUUGCUGCUCUGUUAUCUGUGUUAUACCCAGUGGAUAUCGUGUCAAGUAGGUUUCUGGAUUAAUUACUGCCUGCUGCUCGCCCUAAUCCAUAACCUUGUUUUUACUUGGUCAUAGCAAAUUGUGAUGAGGAGGUGAUGUAUAAAAUGCCAGGAUUCGUUACCCACAAGCCUCCGCACAGACAUCCUAGUUUGUAUUAUUGAUGGCCCAGAAUCCCUAGCACUUUCCAAUAUAAAAAAAAAAAAGCAUUUUGGCAACAGUUACACAGAAUGCUUAGAAUAGAGAUCCUUCAGUCAGUAUGGCUGUUGUAUUUUACACAUUAUAGUGUGUCACUUUGCAACAACAAGUGGACCUGUCACCCAGACACAAAAAGCUGUAUAAUAAAAGUACUUUUCAAAUUAAA